AUGCCGUCCCAACCCGGAACGCCUAAGAAGCGCAAGAUUGCGACGGCGCCUGACGACCAGGUAGACGAUGAUACGCCACGACCACUGCGGCUUGCCGACAAGAGCGAAACGCCAUCUCUCUCGUCGCUCUCGUCGCAAUCUCUCAUGGGAGGAAGCCAGCAUUCGGGCCGCUCGUCGCCAUCCAAGCUGGCGUCACAUCUCCGGCUGGAUCCGCAAGGACUCGAGACAGUGGCAAUGGAUAUGGAUGAUGCCGACAUGCCCGAGUCGCUCAUCAGACUGGUCGCAGAGAUGCAAGAGAUUAAUGACGGGCUACGCGUCAUCCACAACAGUCUUCGGCUAUCUAUCGAAAGGCUCAAGUCAACGUCACGAUCAUUGGCCUUACUUCGCGGGUCGGCCUACAUGGACUCGGAUGAUGUAGCCAUGGCGUCCCCCGAAACCAUCGACGCCAGAUUCCCAGAAAAGCACCUCAAUAAUAUCAUGGAAAUUGUCGACAUAGCCAAGGAAUGCCAGGGCGCCGAUGUAGACGAGACAUGCUGGAAUAACCAUGUGCACUCUCCUCUCCUCCAUGCUGCUCUCAACCGACGGCCAGUACCGGGCCAACCCAUUAGCUUUACGGCUUGCAUGAAUGCCAGCAUGACCGCCAAUUAUCGCGUAUCCCAUAUCUACUCGUCCAAAGUCGACUAUGCUAUUUUCAUCAAUCCCAUCCUUGACACACCCGAGCCGACCAACACCCAGAGAGCUGUUCAACAUCUCCAGCGACACAGCCCAGAAUCAUCUGUCAACCACACUGGCUUCAGCUUGCUGCGAGACCGCCCCAUUGCCAUUAGCAUCGAGACGAAGCGGUACGGCGGCCAGGAGCGCAAGGCUGAAUUCCAGCUUGGCAUCUGGCUGGCAGCGCAGUGGAAGUUGCUGGCAGAGCAGGCGGCUCCAGAAGGACUACGUGAGCUGCCAUUUAUUCCGGGUAUCAUCGUGAAUGGCCAUGAGUGGAAGAUGGUGGCGGCGACGUAUGCUGACGGCAAGACGAAACUCUGGACUAAUCAAGAAUUCGGGACUACACGCAGUGUCUUGCGGACGUUUCAGAUCGUGGCGGCACUACGAAGACUGAGGAAGUGGUCACUUGAGGAAUACUGGCCUUGGUACAAGCGAUAUGUUCUCAAGAUUGGAUCGGACGAAGGGAUUGAGACGAUUAUGGCGGAGACCAGUUCUUAA